UCUCAGCUGAGGGGGCAGAAGGAGAGUCAGGUGUCUCCCUAGUGGGGAGAGGGUGUGGUCACAGCCUACUUCCUGCUAUAAAAGCACAGAGCAUUCCAUCCUCUACCAGGUUCGUCUGGUGGUGCCUUCUGCCAUGGCGUGUAGGCAGAGAGGAGAUUCUGGGAUUCCCCCAAGCUGGUUCAAUACGGGUUGGAGCACCUACAGGUCAUUGUCUCUCUUCUUCGCCCUUCUGACUUCAGUGAACUCAAAGGGCAUUCAUCAGUUGGAGAGUCCUGCUUUCCCAGGCACCGUCUUUUGCAAUGAAACUAGAAUAACAGUAGAGUUUCCAGGCAGUCUUGGCUCCAAGAAAUGGAAUGCAACUGUGGUGGAUUCUCUUGGUCUUGAAAUGCGGAACUGCACUUAUAUCCUGGAUUCAGAAAAGCUCACCUUGAGUGCCCCAUAUGAGACCUGUACCCAGAGAGUGCACGGUGGGCACAAGAUGACUAUCAGACUCAUGAACAACAGUACUGCUUUGAGACCCAAGGCUGGCACAUAUGAUUUCUUCUGUCCAGCUCUGCAAGUAGAAGAGACCCAUGGGAUUUCAGGAUCUACAAUCUGCACAAAUGAUUCCGUGUCUAUCUCCUUUCCAUGGAUGUUCUCUGGCUUUGCUGACGAACCUGGGAACACAUCUCGGAUGGGAUGGAAGGUUGAGAUUGGUGUUGGUCUGAGAACACAAAGGAUACCCCUGAGGGAAGCCCUGGCACAAGGAUUAGGUCUUCAUGUUGACAACCAGAAGAUGAUCUUCCAUGUGCCAUUUAAUACCACUGGCGUGAUUCAUUACAUGCAAGGUAACAGUCACCUCUAUGCAGUGUUUUUGAAGCUGAAGUUUGCAUCUCCUGGGCAGGUGAUUACCUUCUCAUCACAAGCUAUUUGUAUGCCAGAUCCUGUGGCCUGUAAUGCCACACACAUGACUCUUACCAUACCAGAGUUUCCCGGGAAGCUAAAGUCUGUGAACAUUGGAAAUCAGAACAUUGCUGUGAGCCAGUUGCAUGACAAUGGAAUUGAUAUAGAAGAGACAAAUGGCUUGAGACUGCAUUUCCACAAAGCUCUCCUUAAAACAAAAUUCUCUGAAAAAUGCCUACUCUACCAGUUCUAUUUACCUUCACUGCAGCUGACCUUUUACUUUCAACGGGAGUUGGUAUCCAUGGUGAUUUAUCCUGAAUGUCUCUGUGAGUCAGCCAUUUCCAUAGUAACAAGUGAGCUGUGUGCGCAGGAUGGGUUUAUGAACUUCGAGGUCUACAGCCACCAAACAAAACCAGCUCUCGACUUGGGUACCCUCAGGGUGGGAAACUCAUCCUGCCAACCUGUCUUCAAGGCUCAAUCUCAGGGGCUGGUACUAUUUCACAUACCUCUGAAUGGAUGUGGAACAAGACGUAAGUUUGAGAAUGAUAAAGUCAUCUAUGAAAAUGAAAUACAUGCCCUCUGGAUGGAUCUUCCACCAAGCAAGAUAUCCAGAGAUAGUGAAUUCAGAAUGACGGUGAAGUGCUAUUACAACAGAGAUGACAUGUUAUUGAAUGCCAACGUCAAAAGUCUUCCUCCUCCAGUGGCAUCAAUGAAGCCAGGUCCACUUGCCUUGAUCCUACAAACCUACCCAGAUAACUCUUACCAACAACCUCAUGAAGCAAAUGAAUACCCUAUUGUGAGAUACCUUCGCCAACCAAUUUACAUGGAAGUGAAAAUCCUAAACAGGAAUGACCCCAACAUCAAGCUGGUCUUAGAUGACUGCUGGGCAACAUCUACCAUGGACCCAGCUUCUCUUCCUCAGUGGAAUAUCAUUGUGGAUGGCUGUGAAUACAACCUGGAUAAGUACCAAACUACUUUCCAUCCAGUUGGCUCCUCUGUGACCCAUCCUUAUCACUAUCAGAGGUUUGAUGUGAAGACCUUUACUUUUGUACCAGAGGCCGAAGGUCUCUCUAGCCUGGUCUACUUCCACUGCAGCGCCUUGAUUUGCAACCAACUCUCCCCUGACUCCCCUCUGUGUUCUGUGACUUGCCCCGUGUCACCUAGGCACAGGCGAGGGGCCACUGGCGAACAGAAAAUGACAGUCAGCCUCCCAGGACCCAUUCUUCUGUUGGAAGAUGGCUCUUCAUUCAGAGAUGUUGCUGACCCCUCCACAGGGCAUGGAACUACUGGAGAUGUUGCUUCUAAAUCAGUGGUGGCUGUGGCAGCCUUGGUAGGUGUGGUGGCAGUUCUAGGCCUCAUCUUUUACCGAUCCAAGAGAAGAACCAGGACAUUAAAUCACUAAAUCACUUUCAAAUAAAGUAGUUGAAGUAAA